UUUUUCUUGGAUAUUUCCCCUGUCCAAAUUCCCCUUCGAUGCUUCUUGUCCUAGACGCUCGUUCCGUCCUCUGUGUGGUUCUGCCGGCACGUAGGUCUCUGUCUCUUCCCCGCAGUUCUGCCGUCUCUCUCAAGGCCUGUGUUGUCUGUUCGUUUGUGUCCCUUUCUUCUCGAGUUCUCCACCAGACUAAGAAGGGAAUUCCCAGCACAACGUGGCAGAAGGGCCUUUUUCUCCGAAGAGAAAACGCAAGCCCUUACAUUCGCUCAUCCUAGACUUGCCGUUUUAGGACUUGUUCGUGGAUAAGUAACGUUUUUCCUCAUUGUUUUCCGCGGAAUCACUUCAGGUUUCCACGUUUCCUCUUUUUCUAGCUACUCAAUCGCUUUAAAAAGCAGCGGGAGUGUCCUCAAAUGCGCCUCGGUGUCCCGGGAACCCCACAGGCCCCCAUCAAACGGGUGGGUAUCCACAGGUUCGUUACGGUCUGUUUGAUUCGUUUUUCUCCCUCCUUUUUUCUCUCCGUUUUCAUCCGCUCUUUCGUUUCCCGUUCCUGACUCUCCGAGGCAGCAGGCUUCUUCGUUGAGUUUCCUAAGCCAGUGCCUUGCGGGGUUCGUCGGUGCGCAGUGUACUCCUGUGAGACUUACGUGGCACUCUUGUGCCGCAUUCACGGGCAUGCCUCAACACACGGUGUCAGUUUCCUUCAUGCUAGAGCUCGCGGGCAUAGAGCGCAUGUUUUCAGCUUUGCAGGUGUUGUCUCAUUUCCACAGUUCGAAGUCGCUCUUCCAACCGCGGUUCGUGUCUUUCCAUUCCGGGGACCUGAAAUACUUGCAGGCAAAUCUUUGCGAAGCGUCUUGCAACGCAGGUGCAUGGACGUAUGCUCGCCUUUAGAUGAAGUCUGGUUUCUCCGUGUCUCUUUGGCAUAGAGGCUUCAGGAAGCGUAUUUUCUUCUCCGGGCUGCGCAGCUCUCGACUCCGUCGCUCCCUUCUCCCUUGUUGUCGCUCCAUCUGUCUCCACAAAAGGAUGAACUAAAACCGGACUGUGAACUGCUGGCCGCUGACUUGCGAGCUCGCGGCUCACGCAUCUGCGGCGUGACCGAACCCCGCAGAAGUCGCCGAAUCCUUCUUUUGUUCAAACGAGGAAAUGCGUUCUCCCAACCUCGCCGCAGCUCCUGCCCACCCGGCGGCGGAAACCCCCGGCGGCGGCGCGCCUCCACCGGCACCCGCUGGCCCUGCCGCACGGCCCGAUGGCUCUCGAGUGUCCGUGCGCCGGGCACCCGUCUCGGCUGUGCCUCGCCGUCGAGCCGAAACGGUUUCUCCGCUGCUUUCUCUCUUGGCUUUUUCGUCGACUCGCCGGGGCCUUCUGCUGCGGAGCCACCCGAGGCUCUCUGCGACGCAGCGAGUGUUGGGCGAGGCCUUGAAAGCUGUUUCGAAUGACGUCGCAGUCGCCCCCAGUCGCAGACGCCCGUGUCUCCGGGCUCGCAGAAGAGAGAAGCGUCAGUCGCAGGACGCAGAAGAGGGACGACAGGGUCGGUGGUCGGGCAGCAGGGGCGCAGUAGCCUUCUGGCGAGGUCGAGAGAGAGACAGAGUUUCGAGAGCAACGCAGGGAACUUCGGUUCUACCUUCCAGGUUCCUUUCCUCUCUGACGCCUCCACGCCUACUCUCUGUGAAACCUGCCGUCUCCCCUCCAACGCGCGGUGGACUUCGACGUCUGUACUCCACAGUCUCGCCUCCGGCCGCACUUUUCUUCCCGCCCCGACCUCGCCGCCCUCUGCUCUCCUGUUCGCGGCCGCAAGCGACAGCGAACCAGCGCGCCUCCCUCUCGUCUGCGUCAACUCUGUGGUCUGUGGCGACCGCGUCUUCGUUCCCGGUUUCUCGCUCUUGGCUUCGUUUCAGAACGCCCCGCGCUGGAGCCUCGCAGUCGUUCUCGGGAGAAGGGAGAGCAGAGUCGUCGGACCUGGGCUUGACAGACUGGUCUGCGUCACCGCGACGCGUUCAGGGAAACUUGGCAUUUUUUUCGAGACAGGUCUGCAGCUCGAAAGCGCUGCGUCUCCGUCGAGACCAAGUCGUCCUCGAGGCCCUCAACCCGCGGUGGCGGACUGCCUCGCUCCCGGCGCGCGCGCCGGCUGAGGUUGCCGUGGUGUCUAGACACCUCGGUUGUGGAGCGUCUUCGGACUCCGAACGCAUGUGUCGGAAGCUUCAGAAGUUGCGUUUUUCUUCUUCCGCGCGACGAGUUGCGAGCAACCGCAGCCGAGCCUUCAGAGGCCGCGACAGCAGAGGAGAGUGCGGGCAUGCCUCGCCCGUCCUCGGGUCCUUCUUCUCCCCUCUUGCUUCCUCCGGUAUUGCGGCGGCAUGCUCGGGACUGCUCUUUCGAGCUCUCUCGCUGCGGAUCUCUUCGUUCCGGUGGACCUCUGGAGAGAAAAGUGGAUUUCCGCAGCCUCCACUCUCCUCCCCCUCCCGUGCUCUGAGCACGCCGUCCCCGGAUAAUGGGAGUGUCUCUGCAUCCGCUUCUCUUUCGCCUCUGCAGAGCCUUGAAGAUCACGGCGAAUGCGAGCCUGGCUGGCCUUCCCCCCGGCUCUCUCCGCGACACUCCGGUUGUGCCCAGUCCGGCCACAGGCGACUUUCUUCUGUGGGAGAGAAGAAGAUGCCUCACGCAAGGCCAGGCGAGUUCGCCUCUCGCCGACGUCUCGGAUCUGACGCGGCUGUCACGGCUGCGUCCCUCGCCUCUGUCUCUUCUCUCUCUCCCCACACAGAGGUGAAGACAGGGAACGUAGACUGGCGUGGAGUGGAGGCGAGAGAGAAGGAAGCGCAAGGGUCACUCGAACGGGGCAUCUGGUCUACGUGUUUGUCAAGGAGUUCUCCCCUCUCUCCGGCAGUCUCUCCUGCCCUCUCUCUGUCUCGGUCUGCCUCUUCGCUGGUAUCUCUCUCGGCAUCCCGUCGCGUCUCGUCUGUGUCUGCUGCUGCCACGGUUGCCAGUCGUCUCGGACAGAAGUCGCGGGGUCGCUUGCAGGUCGGAGAGUCGAGUAGAACACUUGAGAAGCCGAAGGCCGUCUCCGCUCUGCAAAUGAAAGCGGAGGCAGAUGGUCAGUCUUUGAGGCGAGUCGAUAGAGACUCGAGAGGUUCUGUGUCGGAGACUCCGAGUGAAGCCCCUUCUGGGCAGCGACCGGGUGCGUCUUGGACAGCGAACGCCCCACCUGCGUCCCCCCCGCGGAGGAGACACUUCGGAAACAGAGGCCAGUCUGCACGUUUUGCGACAUCCCAUCGAGGAAGCGCGAGCGAGGAGACACUCGACGGACAGAAAGACGCCGUGUCUGCGUUGGAGAGAUCGAAGCAACAAGGGCGAGAAGAGAGUCCGUGCGUCCCCACUUGCGUCGGGCAAACGCCCCGAAAAGAGGCUUUCCUCAGAAUUCAGAAACAGAAGUUACCUCAGUUGCAGCUCGUCGUGGAGCCUCUGUUCGCAGGUGCGGCGAACGUCAAGUGGACGACGCGAGUCGGUCCAGAGGCCUUCUCUGGGUCGCCGCUGCUUUUCGAGGAAACCGUCACAUGCAACGACCCGCAUAUUUUCCUGUGCCCUGCGACGGUUGGAGACAGAAGAGAGGAACCGCCUUGCGACAGAGAAAACCGAGCGUUCAAGAGACGCGAACUCGCCGUCUGCGACGCGGCCUCUGGAAGACCUGCUGUUUUGUUGAGUGUGGGAGACCAAGCAAGGAGUGGCGACGUCGCGCCCCAGUCGCCGUCUGGACCCAGCAGGUCAGGCCUCGAGCCACCCGACCCGCAUGCAGCGGCGCCCGCCUCGAACUCUGUGCAGGGUUUUUCUUUCCUGCCGAGUGCAGUUGGCCAACGAAGAGAGAAAAUGGCGAAGACAAUCAGCCAGCCUCUCCUCUCCCGCGCGAGAGCGGUCUCCGUGGUGGAAGAGGAGGGCGCACCGCAGAGGCGAGAGACACGCCGCCUGCUGCGUCGCGAGGCCGGGGCUCUGCCGCACAACGCCUGGGUGUCGAUGGCAGGCCACAGAGGUUCCCAAGAAGGGGGAAAAAGCCAUGCGCGAUUCUUUAGCACGGGGUCCGGCAGAGGCAAAGACCCGUACGAGGUGCUGGGCUGCAGCCGGUCGAGCAGCACUCAAGAUAUCAAAAAGAAGUUUCGAGAAAUGGCGAAAAAGUACCACCCGGACUUGAACCCCGACCCGUCGGCGAAACAAAAGAUGGCCGACAUCACUGCAGCCUACGAACUUUUGAGCGAUCCGAAGCAACGCGAGUUUUACGACAAAACGGGCAUGACUCCUGACGAGGCGGCAGCUUCAGGUGCAGGUCCAGGAGGUCCGUCGGCUGGUGGCAGCGCGGGUUUCGACGCGUCUUUCAUGUUCACGGAUUUCGCGGAAAUGUUUGCCAACAUGGCCGGCUUUGCUGGAGCAGGUGCAGGCCCUUUUUCUGCAUCCGCUUUCGGAUCUGCAGGCGCCGCUGCUGGCACUGGCGCCGUGCGUGGAGAAGAUAUUCAAACGGAAGUCACCGUCGACCUCAUGGAGGCAGUCAAAGGAUGCGAAAAGACGCUGCACUUUAGCGCCAAGUGCGUCUGCAAUGCAUGCACAGGAACGGGAAGCGCGACAGGCAGCGGAGGAAUUCAGCGAUGUCGAACUUGCGGAGGCAGUGGCGUUCAGCGAGUCGAGAGAGGCCCUAUCGUUCUGGGCAUCCCGUGUCGCCAGUGCAACGGCGCUGGACAAGUCAUCACCCACCCCUGCAGGACGUGUCGAGGCACCGGAGUGAAGACGCAGCCCAAGGUUCUGAACAUCGACAUUCCCAGGGGCGUCCGCCAGGGCAUGCAGAUGCGCGUGCCUAAUCAAGGCCACAUGGGGCUCCGGGGCGGAAAGCCGGGGCAUCUGUUUGUCAGCAUCAACGUAAAACCGCACGACAUCUUUCGAUGGGUUGACGAUGACAUCCACAUCGAUGUCCCUCUGUCCAUCAAACAGUGUCUCUUGGGAGGCAGCGUCGAAAUAUCUACACUCGAUGGUAUGGUGGAACUUCUCAUUCCUCCCAACACCUCGCCAUCAACAGUCAAAAUUCUCAAGGGAAGAGGACCGCCUAAAAUCGAUCAACGCGGAGGUGUUGGCAAUCUCAUUCUCCAUUUCACAUUGAAGAUGCCGACGUCCUUGACGCCGCAGCAGCGUCGAUACAUCGAGCUGUUCGACCAAAUUGAAGAGGCGCGUUCGUACCCCAGCAGCCAGAGAGAGUCGAGUCCUCGGCCUGGCUUUGAACAACCACCCGAGAAAGACCCGCGAGCUUCUUCUCGGGCGUCUUCGCUGAGAAGCGAAACCUCUUUGAAUGACAGCGAGACGAACGCAGACGCAGAUCAGAGACACCCGGCGCCGCCUCCACCCCCGCCUCCGCCUCCCCCGCCUCCGCGAUCGCAGGCCAGUGGAGAUUGUCAUUCUCGGCGUAAAGCUUUCAGUGACAACGGUUCUUCAGGUUCUACUGAGGAUGGCCGUGGCAGACGUUCUUCAGUUUCCCAUCCGGAAGCAGAGUCUGUGUCUUGUACUCCGGGGGAAUCGGUGAGAAAGGCGGACGCUGCUGGAGCAGGUGUCGGUAUGGAUAGGGAAGUGGAGACUUGCGCUGGAAGUGAGGCACCGGAGGUGCACACAGACCUUGAGGACGAGGAGAAAGAAACGGGAAAGUCUGAUAAGUCUGACGGGUCCGAAGGCAAACAGGAAGUCUAGUUCAUCCCGGAGAUCGCGGGGUCUAAAAAGCGGCAACGCCGGAGCGUCUGCGUCGAAAACGUAGACGAUUUGCGUCUCCCUCAAAAGGCAUGUUGUGUCCAUGCUAAUUCCAUACUAUCAUUCUGUUUGAAUCUGUUUUCGUUCGUGCCAGAAUCAGCGUGUCUUUUCCUAUUUCCCGAAUGCCACUUUUUCCCAGCCACGCCGUCGCAUCUAGAGCCGUGAGGGAGCGGAUGUGCGGGGAACCUGAAAAGAGUGCUUUUUCUCUCAGUGUAACCGAAGCAGGGAAGGGCGAAUUGCAUUCAUCAUUCACAUUAGUUACCUGUGCGACUUGUCCAGUACGAAAGACAGACGAAAGCGCCUGCAAACUCUUUCACGAGCAUCGACGUGUUGAAACACGGAGGCAAAAUUCAGCCACGUUGGCAGUUGUCUACGCAUUUCCGCUAAAAUC